AAAUAUUAGCAGCACAUUACUUUUGACAAUAAUUAACCAUGACAAGUUAUAUUGGAAGAGAUGUACAUCAACUGCUCGGAGGAGGAAAAGUGGCAGAUUUGUUGUUAUGGAAGAACAGAACUGUAUCAGCUACACAUUUGAUUGGGAUGACAGUCAUAUGGUUUCUUUUUGAAGUCGUGGAGUACAAUUUUGUUACCCUCCUCUGCCACAUCUCCAUCACCUCAAUGCUCUUAUUCUUCUUAUGGUGCGUCGGUGCUGAAAUUUUCGGAUGGAAUCCUCCCAAUAUACCAGAAAUUAUCUUGCAGGAGUCUGCAUUCACAGAAUUAGCUUCCAUCUUCCUCACAAGAUUCAAUCAGUUCUUGUCAAAGUUCCUGAACAUUGCCUCGGGAGGAGAUCCACCACGCUUCUUUUUGGCAAUUGUUUCUCUCUAUAUAUUAUCAGUGGUUGGAACCUAUGUCAGCUUUCUGAAUCUCCUUUAUUUUGGUCUCCUUUGCAUGGAAACACUGCCAGUUCUGUAUGACCGAUAUCAGGGCGAUAUUGAUCCUCUAGUUGGCGAAGCAAUCGUAUCCCUGAGAGGAAAGUACAGAUACUUCGAGUCAGAGUUCCUUAACAAGAUUCCAAGAGGGACUGUAAAAGAUAAGAAAGUCAGAUGAAGAAUAUUGCCACAGCACUGGUCGAUCAUCAUGGAAUCGCUUAAUUGUCGUUCCUUGUAGGAGUCGCACAUUCUUAUGGAAAUGCAAUGCUUUGUAAAUGUAAAACGGUUACAUAUGGUCAUUUACUUUUAAAAGUUUGUAUAAAGGAAUAUAGAUGCAUCUAGUGGCCGGAUGUGAGAAAAUUCUAAUUA